GCCGGGACCGGGAGGAUCGGGCACGGGGACCGGCAGGAAUGAGCACGGGAACCGGGCGGGACCGGGCGCGGAGAAGGGAUGGGCACCGGCAAGGCUGGGCUGGCUGGGUCCCGCGGAACGGGGAGACCGAGGGUGUGGUGGCACCGGGGAUCGGGCGGGAGCCGGCACGGCCGGUACGGCGGCAGGAGGGGCGGGCCGGGCUCACGGCUCUGUCCCUGCAGCAUCGGGGAGAACAUCCAGCUGCUGGUGGACCGGCCCGAUGGCACCUACUGCUUCCGCCUGCACCGGGACCGCGUGUACUACCUGAGUGAGAAGCUGCUGAAGCUGGCGGCCAGCGUCCCCCGGGAGAGCCUGGUGGCCCCGGGCACCUGCUUCGGGAAGUUCACCAAGUCCCAGAAGUUCCGGCUCAGCGUCACGGCCCUGGAUUUCCUGGCGCCCUACGCCAAGUACAAGGUGUGGGUGAAGCCAGGCUCGGAGCAGUCCUUCCUCUACGGGAACCACGUGCUGAAGUCGGGGCUGGGCCGCAUCACGGAGAACACGGCGCAGUACCAGGGUGUCGUGGUGUAUUCCAUGGCCGACGUCCCGCUGGGCUUCGGGGUGGCUGCCAAGUCCACGCAGGAGUGCCGGAAGGUCGACCCCUUGGCCAUCGUGGUGUUCCACCAGGCUGAUGUUGGGGAGUACGUGCGGAACGAGGACACGCUGACAUAAGGGACCCUCGGGCACCCCAGGGACUCUGCUCUGUGAGUGUGCCGGGCUGGAAUGGACUUUGUUGUGCACCGUGGGUGCGGGAAGCCCACGCAGAGUGGGAGGGAAACGUGGGGAGCUGCCAGCACAGAGCCCUCAGGGAGCUGCUGCCAGCACGGGAGGGGGGGCCCUGGCCCCAGCCCUGUCACAUAAAGCCUGAUCCU